UAUUGUUUUUUGUUUCUUCAUUGCUACAGCCUAGGCAAGACCAGGAAGACAAUGUUAACAUUUUACAUCUUAUAAUUUCAGUUAACAGCGACUGCUUACUAAAAUAACAUCAUAAUAACGUCAUACAUAAAAUCAAUGGAGAGAGCUGCUGCAUGCCUCGGUGCAUGCCGGGUUGCGUUGCGUUUAACGCAGCUCCGCCCUCCGGCUCAACUUUAUUCAAAUAAAUCCGGCCGCCGCACUGUGUCCAGUCCAGCCAAUCAGGGAAAAGCAGGCUGCGUCCAGCCAAUGAGGGAAGAGCAGGCUGCGUCUUCACACACACACAAGCCUCUUACACACACACACACACACACACAGAACAGGCGCCUUUCAACCACAGAAGAGAAGCUGAAAGCGGCAGAAUAUGGAUUUAUAGAGCUAUAGGUUACAGUGAGGUUGGUAAAAAAAUACAAAUAUUAAACUUAUGACUGUCUACUUCUGUUGCUUCAUUUUAAUUCAAAAACGAGCAAGGAGAUCCAGCGCAGCGGCUUGCGUUGAAAAAAAGUGCCAGUGGACACGUACCGUAAGGAGCUGGUAACUGCCUGUGUCUGUAGUAUACAGGCAGUUACCAGCUCCUUAGAACCCCGGACUUGAGAAGGUGCGUUAAAUUUACAUUGGAACUGGAACACGGAGCUCCGAACAAUGUAACCUCUGAACUGAACGCUUUAGUUUAAAAACGAGGGCAUUGUGGAACACAGAAUUCCACAAACGUACAGUUAAUUAAAUUAAAACCCCAACGUUUAUGCUUGUAGAUGCUAGAUUUCGGAUGAGGUCACUAUAAAUCUGGGGGGGACAUGUCCCCCCCGUCCCCAGUGCCAUCUGCGCCCAUGGAGACAGGUAACGAGGGGCGGAGCUACAAACUAGACACACAUGACGGAAAAUUACAGGAGAAACACAGGGGAACAGAGCGAGACCGUGACAGAAGCCCCUCCCUAAACGCGCAGCUCCUGAGGCGCGUUAAAAACGAACACCGGGGGCCGGCGGCGGGGAGAGGCCGGGAAACACAAGAGACGAGACCGGGGACUUAACAUGGGGCAGAACAGGAGACUGAACUGAAGACCGGACAAGAGACUGGACAAAGAAAGGAGACUGGACCUUGGACAUGAACGGCGAACCAGACACAGGAACCAGAACAGGGAACGACAGGGGUGACAGACAGCAAACGUAGACUAACAGGUACUAUUUAUACUAAACAUGAAACAAUGAACACCUGGGGAGACAGGUAACGAGGGGCGGAGCUACAAACUAGACACACAUGACGGAAAAUUACAGGAGAAACACAGGGGAACAGAGCGAGACCGUGACAGGCCUGUACACUGGAUGUAGGGAUUGAUUCAGAAAUAAAAAAUAUAUCAAAUUUAAUUAAAUUAAAUGAAUGAAUAUAUGCGUUAUUAUUAUUAUUAUUAGUAGUAGUAGUAGUAGUAGUAGUAGUAGUAGUAAUCUUACAGAUUGAUUUGUUGUUUUCCUUCUGUUCGUUAUGCAUGGAAAUCAUUGCGUGAUUAUUAUAAUUUUCUAUGCUAUUUAUUAAUUUGCAGUUUUUUUCUACAUGUAUCUGUGGUCCUGCUCACACAUUGCCAGGAUUGAUUGAACUCCCACUUCCGCCAAUAACAAUUAAAUUCCACAAUGCACAUCAUAACAUUUUUCCAUCACAAUGCAUAAUUAAACCCUGUUUGCUUCAAAAUUAUUUGUGUGUGUGUGUGUGUGUGUGUGUGUGUGUGUGUGUGUGUGUGUGGAGGGUAAACAGUCAACAAUGGGGCUUUUUUACUCUACCAAUGGAGAUGGAACCUCUGACCCAGGUAAACCAUGCAGAACCUCCAGAACCCAGCAGUGUGUCUAUGAAGAGUGACCAGUCUAUGCAGAACCCUCCUAAUGUCAGCAUGGAAGAAAGAGAACCCAGCUGUGUGUCUAUGAAGAGUGACCGGUCUAUGGGGAACCCUCCUAAUUUCAGCAUGGAAGAAAGAGAACCCAGCUGUGUGUCUAUGAAGAGUGACCGGUCUUUGAAUAACCCUCCUAAUUUCAGCAGUGGAGGAGAAGGAGCCAGCUGUGUGUCUAUGAAGAGUUACCGGUCUAUGGGGAACCCUCCUAAUUUCAGCAGUGAAGCUGCAGCAUCAGACCAAGAGCAGAGAUCCACAGAAGCAGUCCCAUACACUGGACCGCUGCAGCAGGACUCUUACCAACCAGUGGAUAGUAUUCUGCACAGAGUCAUAAAAAGACACAAAUUCAGCAUGAAGAACAAGUACGAGAGCUUAUUUGAGGGAAUCAAAACGGAAGAGAAUAAAACUCUCCUGAAGAGGAUUUACACACAGCUCUACAUCAUAGAGGGAGAAAGUGAAGGAGUGAAUGAAGAACAUGAAGUUAUACAGAUGGAGAGAACAAUCAGGAAACAUGUGGAGGAUAUUCCAAUCAACUGUUCAAACAUCUUUAAACCUCUACAAGGUCAAAAAGAUUUCCCACACAGAGAAAGAAAAAAGAAAAAAGGACAAAAGGUAGAAGAUCUCAGAGUUGUGUUGACUAAAGGCAUUGCUGGAAUUGGAAAAACUGUCUCUGUGCAAAAGUUCAUUCUAGACUGGGCAGAGGAUGAAGCAAAUCGGGACAUAGAGUUGAUGUUUGUUCUUCCAUUCCGGGAGCUAAACUUGAUUAAAGAUUAUCAGUACAGUCUUCAUGGACUUUUGUGUGCCUUUUAUCCUGAUCUUAAAGACCUGGAUUCAAAGACAUAUGAUAAGCUCAAAGCUGUGUUCAUAUUCGAUGGUCUGGAUGAAAGCAGAAUUCCACUGAACUUUAAGGAGUGUGAGAAAGUUUAUGACAUCACCAUGACAUCAUCAGUAGAUGUGUUGAUGACAAACCUUAUCAAAGGAGAGCUGCUUCCUUCGGCUAUGAUCUGGAUAACCUGCCGACCAGCAGCAGCCAAUCAGAUCCCUCAAAAACACAUCAACCGUGUGACAGAAAUCCAGGGAUUCAAUGACCCUCAGAAGGAGGAAUACUUCAGGAAGAGAAUAAGUGACCAAGACCAAGCACAGAAAAUCAUCUCCCACAUUAAGACAGCGAGAAGCCUCCACAUCAUGUGCCACAUUCCCGUCUUCUGCUGGAUCUCAGCUACUGUUCUUCAGAGGAUCAUCAAACAUCACACAGAAAUCCCUAAAACUCUGACUGAAAUGUACUCCCACUUCCUGCUCACUCAGACCAACAUGAAGAACGAGAAGUAUGAGGAGGAAGAUGAGAGAGAUCCAAAGAAACUGCUGGAAUCCAACAGAACCAAACUCCUGAAACUGGCUGAUCUGGCUUUCAAACAGUUGAUGAAGGGCAAUGUGAUGUUCUAUGAAGAAGACCUGAAAGAGAGUGGAAUUGACAUUACAGAGGCCUCAACCUUUUCUGGAGUUUUCACUGAGAUCUUUAAGGAGGAGUGUGGGCUUUAUCAGAAGAAGGUCUACUGCUUUGUUCAUCUGAGCUUUCAGGAGUUCCUGGCUGCUGUUUAUGUGUUUCACUGCUAUGAGAGUGAGGAUCUGGAUGAAUUGUUAAGUUUAAUUCCACAUUACUCUCACAAUACAUCUGAUUUUGUUCCACUGGAUUAUGUGCUAAUGAAAGCUGUGGAUAAAGCUGUAGAUAGUCUACAUGGACACUUGGACCUUUUUCUCCGUUUCCUGCUCGGUAUCUCACUCGAGUCCAAUCAGAGACUCUUGAAGGGUUUACUGACACAAACACACACUCACUCAGAGAAAACAACAGAGCACAUCAAGAGCUCAAUCACGAGAGAAUUUAUGUUUCUUUCUACUGAUAGAUCCAUCAAUCUGUUCCUCUGUCUUUCUGAAAUGAAGGACCAGUCUCUCUCCGAAGAGAUUCAGAAAUAUCUAAAAUCAGAGAAACACCCAGAGAAGAUUUUACCUGGACAGUGUACAGCACUAGCCUGCAUGCUUCUGACCUCAGACAAGGUACUGGAUGAACUCAACAUGAAAAACUACAACACUUCAGAGAAGGGUUACAGAAGACUGAUCCCAGCUGUGAUUGUCUGCAGAAGAGCAGUACUUGCCGGGUGUUUUCUCACCAGUGAGGCCUGUGUAGCCAUCUGCUCUGCUCUACAAUCAGUGAACUCCUCCCUGAAGGAGCUGGACCUCAGUAGCAAUGACCUGCAGGAUUCAGGAGUGGAGCUAAUCUCUGCUGGACUGAAGAGUUCACAAUGUAAACUGCAGAAACUCAGGCUAACUGUGUGUAAACUUGAGAAACAAUCUUGUGAAAAUCUGAGGUCAGUUUUGAAAACAGUAAACUCCUCCCUGAAAGAGCUGGACCUCAGCUACAAUGACCUGCAGGAUUCAGGAGUGGAGCUACUCUCUGCUGGACUGAAGAGUUCACACUGUAAACUGGAGUCACUCAGACUAGUUAUGUGUAAUCUCGGUGAAAAAUCUUGUGAAUAUCUGAGUUCAGUUCUACAAUCAGUAAACUCCUCUCUGAAAGAGCUGGACCUCAGUAACAAUGAUCUGCAGGAUUUAGGAGUAGAGCUGCUGUCUGCUGGACUAAAGAGUUCACACUGUAAACUGGAGAUACUCAGAUUGUCUGGGUGUAUGAUUACAGAAGAAGGCUGUUCUUCUCUGGCUUCAGCUCUGAAAUCAGAAAUAUCCUUUGUGAAAGAACUGGAUCUAACGUAUAAUUACCCUGGAGACUCUGGAUUUAAGCUGUUGUCUGGUCUAUUGGAAGAUCCACACUGUAAACUGGAAAAACUGCUUGUGGAACAUGGAGGACAGAACAGGAUAAAACCAGGAGUAAAAAAAUAUGCCUGUGAGUUCAAUCUGGACCCAAAUACGGUACACACACUCCUUUCUCUGUGUGACGGGAACAGAAAGGUGAAGUGGGAGGAAGAACAUCAGCCAUAUCCGGAUCAUCCAGACAGAUUUAAUCGUUUGCAGCAGGUUCUGAGUGUGGAAAGUCUGACUGGACGCUGUUACUGGGUGACUGAAUGGAGAAGAGGAAGGGGAGCUGAUGUAGCCGUGUCCUACAGAGGGAUCAAGAGGAAAGGAGGCAAUAAGGAUGGUCGGUUUGGAUCCACUGAUCAGUCCUGGAUUCUGAAAUACUCAGAAAACAGUUACACUGUCAUUCACAAUAAAGAAAAUCUCUGUGAAUUUCCCCUCCCACGUCGCUCUAACAAAGUAGGAGUGUAUCUGGACUGGCCAGCUGGCAUUCUGUCCUUCUACAGCAUCUCAUCUUUCACAAACACACUGACCCACAUACACACACUCCAAACCACAUUCACUGAGCCACUCUAUGCAGGGUUUGGGGUUCGUUAUGGCUCCUCUGCACGUGUCUGUGAGGUAGAAUAGCCCCUGGGGUUAAAUUUAGACAUAUUAAAAUGGAUUUAGUUUGUUUCGAAGAGAUGAGGAGUGUGUGGAAGUUAGCUAAUAGUAGUUCAAGUUGUUUGUGGGGAUUGGAUUAGAUCUGCAGUAACUGCAGAUGAAAAUUAGGUAACAUGAGGUAAAGGGACUUUAAAGACAGUGUGUCAUUGUGCAUUUUAACUGUUUAGUUUUAAGCUACUAUACGUUUUUUCAUUUUGGUGAUGUUAUGUUCAAUAAAGGAUUUACUGUACCUUGAAAAGUAUUCAUAUUCGCUUGAAGUUUCUCACAAUUUCCCACAAAAAAAUUAAUGAUUUUUAUAAAAA